AUGGCGAAUCCUUCACCACCGCCCCAAUCCUUCACCAUUCCCCUCUUCUUUCUCCUCCUCCUACUCACAGCCGCCGCCGCCGCCGCCGCAUCCUCCGCCGCCGGCCUCAACACCACCAGUCCGUACCAAGAACUCGAGACGAUGCUCCAAACCCUCAGACGCGACGGCUACGCACUCUUCACUAACGCCAUCGCUACCUCCGACCUCAAAUUUCAGCUCCUCACCACCAUCACCAACGCCACCUCCAUCGCCGCCUCUGGAGAGCCAGCUUCACCGUUCACUCUGUUCGCGCCGACCGACGAGCUCCUCUUCGCACUCGACAUGGCCACCGACGCCGACGUCUACGUCAGCACCCUGAAAUACCACGUCAUCCCAAACCGCCGCCACACGUUCGACGGCCUCCGGAAUCUGACUUCCCCCUUCCUCGAAACCCUACUUCCCAAAUACUCUGUCCUGAUAGGAAAAACCCGCAUCGGUCGCGCAGAUCUGGUGAACAACGCCACUGCCGUCGGCAUCAUGGUGGACGGGGUCCGGGUCACCAACCCGGAUCUGUUUCUCGGGUCGAGAAUCGCGGUCCACGGCAUCGAUGGGAUUUUGUUGACCGGGCUGAACCUGAACCACCAAUUCGGUCACACUGAGAACGGGUCGGAUCUCUCUGCCCCCGCUGGUUCUCCGCCGGAGUUUCCCAGGCCAGGGAAGAAUAUCCCGGAGGCGGAGACUCCAAAACCGAAGCCUCAAUUUAAUAGAGAGGGUAUUCCACCGGCAGGUGCGCCGGCGGCUCGUUCUAAUGGGAAAACUCCAAUUGCGCCGCCGGGGAUUUGGCAGGGUAAGACGAAGAAGAGCUUGUCCGGGAGGAAAAAGAUAGGGAGGCGCCGCCGGAGUGGUGGCGGCGGUGGUCACGGCCGCAGGUCCAAGGGCCACCACCGUCACCGUCUUGAGGAGCUGUAG